AUGGAGAAGAUUCAGAACCUCUUUGCUGGAUUGACGGGGAAAGAGAAGAUUGGCUUUAUCGACACAUCUCAGCCAUCACUCUAUGGAACAGAGCACAAGACUCAUUUUUUGACCAAGGCCUUUGGCUCACCCUAUUAUGGCUGCUACGCCCUGGCUGUGACCAUCUUCGGCAUUGGCAUCAUUCGAGACUCUCUCUACAAAUCCGCGCUUGAGCAGCAGCCGAUCUAUCCCUUACUACAUCAGCCAGAACUCGGGGUCGUUCUCUUUCUCAGCGGAAACGUCCUCGUCUUGUCCAGCAUGUACGCGUUGGGAGUCACUGGGACCUACUUGGGCGACUACUUUGGCAUCUUGAUGGAUCAUAAAGUGGAAGGGUUUCCGUUCAAUGUCACCGACGCACCAAUGUACUGGGGGAGCACGCUAUCAUUCUUGGGCACGGCUCUGUAUUAUGGCCGCGUGGCUGGGGUGCUGCUGACGUUGGAGGUCUUUGUGAUGUAUCUCGGUGCACUACGAUUUGAAGAUCCCUUCACGGCAGAAAUCUACGCGAAAAAGGAUGCCCGACCUGUAACUCGGUCCAUGACGAAGCAGCAGGGCAAAAAGAAGGCAUGA